UCUGCGUAUAAGGGUGUGUGUAUGUGUGAGUGUGUGUGCGUGCUUGUGUGUGUGUGUGUGCAUUUUUUUCCCCCUAUUCUUUUUUUAAUUGCCCAGCCCUGAUAUCCAGGCAUUAGGGAACAUUGCUCACUUGCAGCCCUCCGGAAUCAAAGUGCCGAUUCUUUAAAAAGGACAACUGCCGUCAUGCGCCUCAAUUCCCAGCGCCUGUGUCCCGCGCGCCACAGCACCGGCGGGCUUGGCCGGCCAGUCAGGGUCUGCUCGGGAACCAGGCUUUCACCGAGCCGACAGCCUCCCCACCGCACCGCGCCAUACCCUCCCACACAGCCUGCAUCAGCCUGCACACCUAUCUCCAAGGAAAUGCGUAUAAUGGACCCACAAACCCAAGAUUGUAACAGCUACUUCAUCGCCCAGCAGCAGUCGAGGAUCUCCAUUCUAACUGAAUGGAUUGGCAUGGGGAAAAGCGGACCUCAAAACCUGGCUAAGCGGAGGCUUUGGAACUCUAUGUGUUUUAUGAUGGUAUUACUUUCUCUGUUGCUCAGACCAGCAUGUUGCCAGCAGUGCCGAAUUCAGCGUUGCAACUCCGAAUACGUGGCCUCCACGUCGCCCUCUAGUGGCCUGCAGGACGACGCCCCGGCGGACGUGGACUACUGCAUCGCGCUGCGGGCCUACUCGCUCUGCACCCGCCGCAUGGCGCGCAGUUGCCGCGGCGACCUCUUCUACCACUCGGCCGUGUUCCGCAUCAAGGAGCUGUUCACGCAGCACAACUGCUCCAGCGACGGGCCCACGUCCUCCGCCAGGGCGUCCGGCGCCGCCGCCACGCCGCGGCCCCCCGUGCCCGAGCUCUGCGACUACGAGAGCCGGGCGGCGGCCUCGGGGGGGUCCGCCGCCGCCGCCGGCGCGGGCGGGCCGCACAGGAAGUACGCCCACUGCGGGCUCUUCGGCGACCCCCACCUGCGCACCUUCCGCGACGAGUUCCAGACCUGCAAGGUGGAGGGCGCCUGGCCCCUCAUCGACAACCGCUACCUGUCGGUCCAGGUGACCAACGUGCCGGUGGUCCAGGGCUCCAGCGCCACCGCCACCAGCAAGAUCACGGUCAUCUUCAAGGCCUUCCGCGGCUGCACGGAGCAGAAGGUGUACCAGGCCACCACCGACGACCUGCCCUCGGCCUUCCAGGACGGCACGCGGAGCGGGGGCCAGGGGGGCAGCCUGUGGAUCGCCGAGCGGGGCGGGGCCGGGGGCCGGCAGGUGCGGAUCCAGGCCCACUACAUCGGGACGUCCAUCAUCGUGCGGCGGGUGGGGCGCUACCUGACCUUCGCCAUCCGCACGCCCGAGGACUCGCUGGGCCCGGCCGAGGAGAGCGGGGGGCUGCAGCUCUGCCUGCACGGCUGCCCCCGCAGCGAGCUCAUCCAGGAGCACACGCUGGGCCGCCCCCCCGACCCGGGCCCCGCCCCCGGCCCCGCCGCACCCCCGCGCCCCGCCUACACCGUGGAGCGCGCCACCGCCCGCUGCCGGGAGACGCUGCAGGUGGAGGACGUGUACUUCCAGUCGUGCGUCUUCGACCUGCUCACCACGGGGGACCCCGAGUUCUCCAUGGCCGCCUUCGGGGCGCUGGAGGACCUGAAGGCGCUGCCGCCCAGCAGGCUGAAGCAGAGCUCCUCGCCCAGGACUCCGCCGCUGCCGCGUGGCUCCGCCCCCGGCUCCGCCCCCUCCCUGCUCGCUCUGCUGGCCCUGCUUCUGUUGCUUUUGUAAAAAAAAAAAAAAUUUUUUAGAUGAAAUUCUAAAAAAUAAAUGACGAAAGAGUGAGAAAACAA